CCCGCUCUCGCACCCGCCGCCGCCUCCAUCAGCCCGCCCCGCUCCCCUCCCGGCCCGCAGCCCGCACCAUGGAGCGCCGCGUCGCCCGCGAGUUCCGGCACAAGGUCAAUCUAUUAAUUGACAAUGAAGCAGAGAAGGAUUACCUUUAUGAUGUGCUGCGGAUGUACCACCAGUCUAUGAAUCUCCCAGUGCUUGUGGGGGACCUAAAACUCGUGAUUAAUGAACCAAGCAGGUUGCCUCUGUUUGAUGCUAUCCGCCCACUCAUCCCAUUAAAACACCAGGUGGAAUACGAUCAGCUUACACCCAAACGAUCAAGAAAGCUGAAAGAGGUGAGAUUGGAUCGUUUGAAUCCUGAAGGGCUUGGAUUAAGUGUAAGAGGUGGAGUGGAAUUCAGCUGUGGCCUCUUCAUCUCCCAGUUAGUUAAAGGAGGACAGGCAGACAAUGCUGGACUUCAGGUUGGAGAUGAGAUAGUGCGCAUAAAUGGAUAUUCCAUUUCAUCAUGCACACACGAAGAAGUCAUAAACCUCAUUCGUACCAAGAAAAUCGUGUCCAUAAAAGUUAGACAUGUUGGCAUGAUACCUGUCAAAAGUUCACCAGAUGAACCCCUUAAAUGGCAAUAUGUGGAUCAGUUUGUGUCAGAGUGUGGGGAAGGAAAGGGCAGUGUUGCUGGACUUGCUUCUUCUGGAGGGAGAGACAAUAAAGAGAAGAAAGUCUUCAUUAGCUUGAUUGGUACAAAAGGCAUGGGAUGCAGUAUUUCCAGUGGUCCAACACAAAAACCAGGAAUUUUUAUCAGCAAUGUUAAGCCAGGCUCUCUUUCAGCAGAGGUGGGAUUAGAGGUUGGUGAUCAGAUUGUUGAGGUGAAUGGAGUGGACUUUUCUAAUGUGGAUCAUAAAGAGGCUGUCAGAGUGCUCAAGAGUAGCCGUACUUUGACUAUCUCUGUGGUUGCAGGCGCUGGAAAGGAGCUGUUCAUGACUGAAGAAGAAAGGCAAAGAGAAGCACGUAUCCGUGAGCAGGAGCGCCAGGAGUUAAUGCAUCAGAAGCGGCUUGCACUGGAGACAAACAAAAUCAUCAAAGAGCAGCAAGAGAAAGAGAGAUUAAGAAAACUGGAGAUUUCCCAGAAGGCUGCAGAGGAAGAAGAGAGAUAUCGCAGGGAAAUAGAGCAGAUAACAGCAGAGGAAGAGAAAUUUAAAAAGGAGUGGGAAGAAGACUGGGGUCCUAAAGAACCACCCAAGUCUCUAAAAACUGUAACUGCAGAAGUGCACUCUGCCCCUCGUUCCAAACACAAAACCUUUGGAUGGUUUUAUCGCUAUGAUGGAAAAUUUCCCACAAUCCGUAAGAAAGGGAAAGAACGAAAGAAGUCAAAAAGUGAUAGUUUUUGUGAACAGAGGAAGAAUAAAAAGGAAAUGGAGUUUGAGCAAAAACUUGCCAAAGAGAAAGAAGGUAUGCUGGAGAAAGAAAAACAACUGAAAAUAAAUCGUCUUGUGCAAGAGGUAUCUGAGACAGAACGAGAAGACCUGGAAGAAUCAGAAAAGGUGCAGCACUGGGUGGAAAGACUUUGUCAAACACGAUUAGAACAGAUUUCCUCUGUGGAGAAUGAGUCUCCUGAGCUGGCGAGCGGACGUCCUCCUGCCUCCUCUCCCUCAGCCACCUCAAUGCGACGCUUUGCCGGGGGCCUGCAGCUGCACACCACAGAUCUUGAUGACAUAAACUUAGAUGAAGUUGACAAACCCAAACAGCGCGCACCGCCACCUCCGCCACCGCCGCCGCCCCCCACUGUUACCCCAGCACCACCAGCUCACCCACUUCCCCCCUCAAAUGCUCCACGAGGUCCCACCCUGUUGGUAACACCAGCUUCUCAGGUUGAAAGAAAUACCUCCCACGUUGGCAAAGCGUCCCCUGUCUCAAGCAACCCACUGCAACUUGCUCCAAGUCCACCUACCCAGCGUCAUCCCGGGGUACCAAUAGUCUCUAAACCAGUUAUGCUGCAUCCUGACCCAAACUUCGUGGUCAGGCCAACAAUCAAAUCAGAGGCCCUGCCACAAGAGAUGUUUAAAAGGAUGGUGGUUUACAAUUCAUCAUUUAGAUCUAACAAAAAACAAGGCUUCCAGAAGUAUGUGGAAGAUUUUGAUCCAUAUUCAAUGUUUACCCCAGACCAGAUUAUGGGAAAAGACGUACGACUAUUAAGAAUAAAAAAGGAAGGAUCACUGGACCUUGCAGUUGAGGGAGGAAUUGAUUCUCCAAUUGGAAAGAUUGUUGUGUCUGCCAUCUAUGAGGACGGUGCUGCAGACAAACAUGGAGGCAUAGUGAAAGGGGAUGAAAUACUGGCUGUAAAUGGCAAGAUAUUAAUUGACAGCAAGCUGGCAGAAGCACAAGCAACUCUAGCAAAAUCUUGGAACAUGGGUGGGGAUUGGAUUGACUUAGUCAUUGCAGCAUCACCUCCAAAAGAAUAUGAUGAUGAAAUCCCUACCAUUCCCUCAUCAGCAGUCAGUCCCAACACACACAGAAAGGUUUUUGAAGGCAGUGCACCUGUGUACAGACAAGGGUAUCUCCUGCAGCUGUAGCCACUGCAGUGUCCCUCAUGGUGAAUAGCACGCCUGGCUUAACAUGACUGGCCACCGUGAGGCUGUGUUAUUUUUUCAGCAUGUGCCUGCCUGUGCAUUGCUUGCCAUCCUUCCUUUUGUUCUUGGCAUGCUGGAGCUGGAGUGUUCUUUGGGCUUUUGCCAUGCCUGUGCUAUUAAAAUAUAAGUAUUUAGUUUCUACUUCAUAAAGUCCCUCAGAGAUCCUCUGCAGAAUUGGUUUUAUCACCUGCCAGACUAUUAAAUAAAUAGGCCCUGUCUAAACAAGGAGGAUUAACCUAAGGUUUUUUCCUUAUCUGUGGACCAUUGCUGUGGCUUUGGGAGUUCAUAAGUAUAUAAGCAACUACAAAUUAUUUUCUUGUGAAGGCUUGUCCAAAGAACAAGUUUCCAUUUAGAUUAUUCACAGUGUGCCUGUAAACAAGUAUUCAUGAGUGUUUGGUUUUUACCGAAGUUCAUUAAUCUGUCAUAUACCUAUACAGUGGGUUUGUUCUGAUAUUAUCCUUGUCUCAGAAAUUCAGUUUCCUCUGUAUGGUUUCUCUGUGGCUGUAAUCACUGUAAGUACAGUCAUAGAUCUCUAGAACUACCAAGGUAAGAUUUCUUGUUGCAUGUGGGUCUUCUCAAUUAUUAAUUACAAUACAAAUCAAAACUACUUAAGAUCCAGUUUAAAAACUGUGCUUACUAGAAAGAUUAAAAAUUGCACGAGAGCUAACAACACAUUUCUCACUAUUUGUUUCUUUUU